GUCUCUCGAUAGGGCGCGACACAAGCACUCAAAUAUAUCGUUAACCUUCACAUUGUUAGACAUCUUAUUAUUAUCGAUUGUUUCGUUGUAGCAACACCAAAAAAUGUCGCGGAGGAGGUCAACUCUAUUCCUCGUUUAUAACUUAGGAGCUGAGAUGGUUUAUGUCUUAGCGCAACGGUUAAACUCACAAAAUGUACCCCUAAAGCAGGCGGCCUCAGCGAUUGAUAAAAUUAUUUCGAUGUUAACCGAUUGGGAUCUUCUAACGAUUUUAAUUCGCCCCCAAGAGAUGUUUUCGCACGAAAAAGUAAAAAAUAUCAUCGAAGAUAUUGCACAGUGCUCAACGAUGAGGUUAGAUCCCGUAAGCAUGGAUAAAUUAUGGGAUUUAAUCACAAUGGUCUUAAAAUGGCAAGUAACUUUAUCUCCAACAUCUAACGAAGUAUUAAAUUUAAGCGAAACACACUUAUUUGAAAUCGAAAAGUACGUUUCAAACGUUGAAACUUUAGAGAAAUUAAACCGUAUCCAAAGUUGUUUAUCGAUGCUUAAAGAGGGGUUAGGCGCCGAUGAAUUAAAACAUUUACACUCAGAUUUAAUGAGUUGGCUCAAAGAGUUUAACGUUAAAGUCUCGUUAUUGAUUAAAUUGGAAUUACAAACCCCCGAUGGGAAAUUCCUUAAAACACCCAACGAAAAUAAUAAGACUGUGUUAAGUAAUUUGGGUAAAAACAUAUAUUUGAGCCAAGAAAAUGAUAAAUUAGCGAUUAGUAUUAAAGAGAAGAGGCAGCGAGAAAUGAAUUGUUUACAAAAUGAUUUAUUAGGAUCCGUUGACAAUCAAGGGAACGAUUUCAAGUUCACCGCGUUAAAAACUCGCGAAAAUAACAAUGUUUUCGAUAAAAUUGAUGUUAAACGCGAAGAGAGUAAUUUACAAGAAAUUUUUAACGAAUUUCACAUCAACGAUAACGACAAUAACGAAUAUGAUUACGAUUAAACUUAAUUUAUUACAUUCCGUAACAUUCUAGUCGAUUAAUCAACUUAUCUAGUCAUUAACAAAGCUGCACUUAAGCUUGGAAUUUGCUCACAAAGCUCUAUUUUAAUACACUUUGUAUACUUACCAUUUACCCGUUAAUGCAAAACAUAUUUUUUGUAUUUAUCGUUAAAGAACGUGCCUUUUUUAAUUUUUGUAACUUUUACAAGGAAUAUUUAUGGCAAUAAUACAAUAAAGUACACCGUAAUAAGCAAUA